UCAACUAGCAACACUUACUCGGUUAUCCGAUCACGUAUUCCUUUCGCUUCCGCGACCUAUUGCAAUUAAGCUUCUUUCUGCGAGUCAUUUACAUCCGAGAUCCUGGAUUUACUGUAGUCUAAGGCUGGGAUUCGGUUUACUUAUUUCGGCACCUAAGCCUCUUUUCGCGGGCGGCUUUUCCUCAGUUCUAUCUCGUCGUCUCGGAGUGACGUGCGUUGCGUGCAGUGGGUUUGCGCGAUGGCGAUGUCGAAACGUACAACGUUCACGACGAUCUCGACGCUGCCACCGGGUAUCACGCGCGAGGUCGUCCUCAACUUCCUGCACAGCCAUGUCGAAAUGAUCGACCUGAACCCGCUCGUCAUCGAGCGACACCCAAUUUCCCCACCAUCGCACGCAACCCCCGAAGAGCGCCGGUGCGUCUGGUGGAGCCUGACGGAUAAGAUCUCGUACCUGCCCGGCGGCGUCGUCUCGGGCGACAUCACAUACACCGCUGCUUUCAACGACCUAGCGAACGGUGUCCAGACGCACAUCUACGCCCCCAUGGGCACCGAUAUCCGCGAGCGAUGGAGUUUGAACGGUACCCUGCCCGGCGAGCCGGUAGAGCCAGUAGAGCUGGGGAUCGGCGCGCCGAGACAGGGUCUCUACUUGCGCGAGGACGUCGACCUAAGAUGCAACUUCGUAAUGUCCUCCUUCGUAAAAAAGACACUUAAAAAAGCUCACGGAACGCUCGUGGAAAAACUCCUCGAGAAAGCCGCCCUCGCCGCCGCCCCCGCGAAACCCCUCCCCCAGGCCCCGGUCGCCAGACACCAGCACACCGGGUCCAGCGUCAGCUCGGCGUCGACUCGUUCUGCGGGGUUUUCUUCGCCGCAGCAGCAGUACGCGCGGCAGGGCUCCGGGUCGUAUAACCAGGCGCAGGGACAGAAUGGGCAGGGGCAGGCGGGAAGACGUGUAUCCCCACCACCACAGGCACAGCCGGCUGGAAGAUCGUCGCAUAUACAGAAUCAGAGUCCGAAUCCGGGUCCGAAUCAGGCGGCGCUGAGCGUUGAUGUGGGAGCCGGCAACGGCAGUUUCAUGCCGGAGCCGCUGCGCGUGAAUCGUGUGCGCACGCCGAGCGGGCAGUACCAACAACUACAACCACAACCGCAGUCGCAGUCGCAGUUUCAUUCGGGACUAGAGGUUAUGGCACCGCAGCAGCAGCAGUUUCACUCUGGCUUGGAGGUGGCGCCGCAGCAGCAGCGGCAGUCCCUGGGCGCGGGGUGGACGCCGCAGAAGCCGAGGUUGGGACAGCAGGGGCAGAUGCCUUCGAGGGGGGAGAAUGGGGGUGGUGGAGGUGGGUUUCGUGCGGAGUUGGAGUGAGUGGUGGUAGAGGAGGGAAGGGGAGGGGGGUGGAAGCUAGAUAAAAGGCCUCAUUAUUUCGCUUUAGAUCAGUUUGGUUUAUCAUUUUUCGGUGUGUGGUUUAGCAUUGAGUUCCGGAGUACCCGCGUUCAAGCGUCGUGGCGUCUGGGGACCUUCGUUUUAGGGGAUGAGUGAGUUCGUGAGAAU